UGCUGUUUUGAUUGAAGAUUUACGGGACCAAAAACAUUUCUUCCUGACUGAGAAAUGGAAAACUGGAAGCUAUGGCUGGUUGUUGUGACUUUUUGUGCUCUGCUGCAGACCUAUCAGGCGCUGUCCUCCAGAGAGGGAGAGGAGAGAGGAUUAUCUCCAGACUGGCAGGAUGAGUCUCUGGAGGAAAGUCUGAUCAGUCUGAUGAAAAGAUCCAAUGCUCUGCGCUUCUACGGACUCAUGGGGAAACGCUCAGAACCAAAGAAGCCUUUUAAAGUGAAUAGACGAAACAAAGGAGAGGCGUUUGUGGGUCUGAUGGGAAGAAGCAUUUCCAGUGGCGGUUCAUCGGAGGAAUGGGUCCACAUCUUGUAUUGA